GGUGAACUCCGCCCAGGCCCGGGCGGGCGAGAGCCUGUGCACCCCGGCUCCCCUGACCAGCGACGGCCAUGGCCCUGGUGCAGCAGCUGCGGGCGGAGAGCGACUUCGAACAGCUUCCGGAUGACGUCGCCGUCUCUGCCAACAUCGCCGACAUCGAGGAGAAGAGGGGCUUCACCAGCCACUUUGUUUUUGUCAUCGAGGUGAAGACGAAAGGGGGCUGCAAGUACCUCAUCUACCGCCGCUACCGCCAGUUCCACGCCCUGCAGAGCAGGCUGGAGGAGCGCUUCGGGCCCGACGGCAAGGGCGGCGCCCCCACCUGCAGCCUGCCCACGCUCCCAGCCAAAGUCUACGUGGGUGUGAAGCAGGAGAUUGCGGAGAUGCGGAUCCCCGCCCUCAACGCCUACAUGAAGCACCUGCUCAGCCUGCCGGUCUGGGUGCUCAUGGACCCCGACGUCCGGAUCUUCUUCUACCAGUCGGCCUACGACUCGGAGCAGGUGCCACAGGCGCUCCGCCGGCUCCGCCCACGCACCCGCAAAGUCAAGAGCGUGUCCCCGCAAGGCGGCGGCGUGGACCGCCUGGAAGCUCCCCGAGCAGAGGCCCUGUUCGACUUCACUGGGAACAGCAAACUGGAGCUGACUUUCAAGGCUGGAGAUGUCAUCUUCCUGCUCAGUCGGAUCAACAAGGACUGGCUGGAGGGCACUCUCCGCGGAGCCACGGGCAUCUUCCCCUUCUCCUUCGUGAAGAUCAUCAAGGACUUCCCGGAGGAAGAUGACCCCACCAACUGGCUUCGCUGCUACUACUAUGAAGACACAGUCAGCACCAUCAUCAAGGACAUCGCGGUGGAGGAAGACCUCAGCAGCACUCCGCUGUUCAAGGACCUGCUGGAGCUCAUGAGGCGGGAGUUCCAGAGAGAGGACAUCGCCCUCAACUACCGGGACGCGCAGGGGGACCUGGUCCGGCUGCUCUCCGACGAGGACGUGGGGCUCAUGGUGAGGCAGGCGCGAGGCCUCCCCUCCCAGAAGCGCCUCUUCCCCUGGAAGCUGCACGUCACCCAGAAAGACAACUACAGUGUGUACAACACAGCGCCCUGAGCAGGUGGCCCCGGGCCCCUGGCGGGCGCCUGGGGGCCUCAGGGGAGCUGAGGGCCAGGGAAGGCGAGGGGAUGGCACAGACGUCCCGGGUCCGAGGCCGGAGCCCCCACUGCGCUUGGCUUGUGCUCCGUUUCUGUUCUUCUCUCUGCAUUAAAUAAACCGUUCCCUCGCAAA